GAUGUUUACCAACCAGUUGUGGUUAGAUCACAGAAGCCUCUACAUACUCCGUAUUUACGCAGUUUAAUCAUAAUUGAUUAUUAGUAUUAGCUGAUAAACUAUUUAUCAAAGAAGCGACAAUUGAAUGAGGUCAAUGAUGGUGGACAUUGAUAAGGUGAUUGUUUUAUUAUUAUGGUGCUUGACUUUUUACGCCGCAGAUGCUAAAAAGUGGAGUCAUUAUUAUGUAACUGAAAGUGGUCCAGAUAAUCCGGAAGUGACGACUCCAAUGGGAAAAAUAAAAGGGUCGGUUAUGACAUCGCGAUUAGGCAAAGAUAUUUACACGUUUCGCGGUAUCAGAUACGCAGAGCCACCAGUGGGACAGCAGCGAUUUGAACAAGCACAGCCGGUGAAGCCUUGGAACGGUACAUUAGAUGCGACAAAGGAAGGUCCAUCGUGUGGCUGGCUACAAUCUAAGUUUCAAUCGGAAGACUGUCUCCGUCUUAAUAUUUAUACUACGAAGCUUCCAGAACCUGGUUCAGCACCUCGUCCCGUAAUAGUCUUCUUCCAUCCUGGUGGAUUUUGGUCCCUGUCCGGCCAAAGUUAUGUUUAUGGACCUGAGUAUUAUUUAGACCAAGAUAUUGUCUUAGUUACCUGUAACUACAGACUAGGGGCUCUAGGAUUCCUCAGCACUGGGGAUAGUUUGGCUCCAGGGAACCUCGGUUUCAAGGAUCAAGUAGAAGUACUUCGAUUCGUACAGAAAAAUAUCCGUAGCUUCAACGGUGAUCCAAACAGUGUUACUAUAAGCGGCCAAAGCGCAGGUGGAUGGAGUGCUUCACUUCAUCUGGUGUCUCCAAUGUCCAAAGGCCUAUUUCAUCGCGCGAUUUCUCAGUCUGGAGGAGCAACCUAUCAAAAUCCCUUCCCACCUCAUCAAAAAAAUCUCGCUAAGAAGCUUGCUUCCCUACUAAAUUGUCCAACAGAUGCUACUGGCAGUAUGUUAAUUUGUUUGAGAACAAAAUCCUUUGAAGACAUCGUUGGAACUCUACCUAAAUUCUUUGAAUGGUAUGGAGAUCCUAUCCUAGUCUGGACUCCAGUAAUUGAACCAGAGGUUCCUGGUGUUGAGCGCUUCCUUACUGACCAACCAGUCGAGUUGAUAAAACAAGGAAAGUUCCACCAAGUUCCCUACAUCGCAGGAAUCGUCAAGGACGAAUUCUCCGGCGUUGUCAUCGGACCUGUCGAAGAAGCCAAAAAGAAUAAUACAUCAGUAUUUGACGAUUAUAACGCCAACUGGACUAGAAUUGCUCCUAUUAGCUUUCUCUAUGAGCGAGGAACAGAAAGGUCUUUACAAAUCAGCGAAGAUUUGAGGCAAUUCUAUCUCAAGGGAAAACCCGUUGGUCUGGAUAACUAUAGAGGACUUGGUGAGCUGUACGCAGACAGUGUGACUAUCUACGGCGUACACCGAUUAAUAAACCUGCUUGGCAAACACUCGACUAAACCCGUUUAUUAUUACAAUUUCGCUUAUCAAGGUCGUUAUAGCCUCGCCACGUGGCCUGACGGAAAACCAUACGGAGUUGUUCAUGAAGACGAUUUACUUUACUUUUUCAAAAAAGACCGUUUUCCUUAUUUCGAAACCACUGAUCCUGAAUUCCCUACCGUGAGACGAAUGACUUCGAUGUGGGCCAACUUUGCACGCACAGGAGAACCUAUUCCUGCUGGCAAUCCAGACUUUACUGGCGUUGUCUGGACUCCUUUCACAAGGGAAAAUCAGGCGUAUCUCGAAAUUAGUAAUGACCUCGUAAUGAAAAAGAAUUUGUAUUCCGAUAGAAUGAAUGAAUGGGACAAACUAUUCCCCAUUGAAUAUUAAACCCAUAAAAACAAUCUGCAGUAUUACAUGAAAUAAAUAUAAGUGAAUGUCGAUGCAUCUUACAUUCUUAUUUAUCAAUGUUUCUUGUAUUUUGAUAACUUCUAUAAAAAUAAAUAUAGCUGUUGUUACAAACUGAUAAA